CCCUUGCGUGUGAGACAACACCCGAGAGAUGAGAUCGAAGAACAAGGGAUCUUCCGAAAUAAUAUCUAUAAUGUAGAUUUCUGUUUUAAAAGAAAAUACAUUUAGCAGAUAAUUGUAUCGCAGAAAGACGCAUAAGAUUCUGAUGCAGAAUACAUUAAAUUAAGAUUAAUGAAAAAGAGGGAAGGAAUGAUGCGUUUGCAGUUUAAUCGUUUUAUGUAUAGGUGUAACAGCGCACAUUAACGCAGUGCAAACGUGCUAAAAUACACAGUUCUGGGUUUAGAUUUGUACAGACAACAAGAUGAGCAGCGGCAGUAAGCGAGAGAGAGAACAGAGGAAAAAACUGCAGCACUUUCUGACAGACCUGGCCUUAUUGGGAUCAUUGCAGGGUUUCCGGUACUUUCAACCUUGGCUGAGGGGGAGAGAGGAGCUACUCCUGACAGUAGUCAAUGAAGACCUGGGUUGGCGUUCCCCUGGGUUCAUGGUGUCGGCAGCGUCCUCCUUCAGUAGCAGUUCCUCAUCCAGCAGCACCAGUAGCACUUACAGCCUGGCUAGUGACGCCAGCUCACCCCUGCCCGGGGACCACCAGGGGCCUCAUCCUUGGCCACAAAGCAUGCCAAGGAAGCAGCAGCACUCAUCACAUGGGCCCAACCACCAUGCCCACAAGGGCAGCAGUGAGGCCCAUCUCCUACCAGCCUCCCCCAGUGAGAGGGAGAUAGCAGUGCCUGAAGUGAAUUGCACUCUUUUCCUAUUGGCUGGCUACGCCAAGUAUGGUCGCCCGUACGCCUGGAUAAGGUCCAAUCACGAGCGCCUGGUCAACAUUGGAGGCACAGAUUCGAUGGUCAAGGACACGCCCAUGAAACUCAAGGCCAUCACGGACUGGGGAUCACAAGGAAUACGGGUAUGGGAUGUAGUGAGUGAGCUGGUGUGUCUGUGCACCGUUCCAUCUCCCUCCAACCCCUUUGCCCUGGACAUGCGCUACCUGAAAAGCCUUCCUCUCCCAGAGCGCUUCCUGGUCUCUGGGGCUCUGCUUAACUUUCUGGAAACCUACGCUGUCUAUGGCAACCGGGAUGAGCUGCACUACGACAAAGUCGUAGAAGAGAUGAAGUCUCUGAGGCGUCUCCAUGUCCAGACUCUGUCUGAGGUCCAAAGAAGACCGGGCAGAAGCACCAGGCCAGCCACUCCCGUUUCAGGAGAGUCCUCAGAGGAAGAGUGACAAGGGUCAUAUUCUUUAGUGCACAGCACACCGUAGCAAAAUGCUUUGAAACGAAAAACUUUUAAAAAAAACUACAGUUUCUUAUAGGGCAAGUCCAGGGGUGCUUUCAGUUCAAUAUAACAUUUGCUAUGUUGCGUAACGGUUUGUACUGAACGACACGUUUCCCCAAAACGUUCAACGUUCUUAAACAAGACUUUGAGGUACGUUUGCUCCGAUUGGUAAUGUAUUUUAAGGGCAGCGGUGCAUUUUGAACCCACAACCGAACCCCUUUCCAUUAUUCAACUGGUCGUUUCCGAACAGCACCGUUUCCUUUUAAUUGAACGCUCCACUCAUUUUUGCCCAACUUCAGGAUGUUUUCUUCCUUUUGGUGCCCCUGAACACAACCCUCAUGUGGUGGUCAGUCGACAUUGUAGGAUGGAAGGAGACUGAGGGGGUACUAGUAUAUCCCUAUGUUUGUGCAUUUUAAUAUAGGUAAACAUAUAGCCAUAUUGAAUGAUUAUUUCCCCAACAGAGGUGUGAUCAAUGUGCCAAUAAGACAAUACAAAAGGAACUAUUAUUUGUCCCCCCUGAAAAAUGCUCUCAUUCAAAUGUGCUAGGCCCAUAAAUAGGGCACAUUUGAAUGUAUGGUACUCCAUUUCACCUCUGUCACAGUGAUGUAGAGGUAAAUGUCAGUUUAAGCAAUUAUGAAAUGGGUCAGAAUAAAGUAAAGUAUCCUAAGAAAUAAGCCUCACGACUUUCAGCUUAUCCCAUGACCCAUGGUGAACUUCUGCUUUCCAGCUCCUUGAUGGAAUGUGUUCUUUCGAGUCAGAGAUAUAACGCCCCUUUUAAAAAAAGAAAAAAAAGGGCAAAUCGCAUUUUUAAAUAGAUACGCCUCGGAUUGUUUUGUCUCAUUCAUCAAACGCUUGGCUCCAGGACUAAAGCUACAGUACACACUGUAGUGUGGUACAGGACUCUUGUUUUGGCCUGAGGUUGGCUGUUUUGAUGCUCUGUCUUCAGUUAAGGUAGAAAAUACAUUUUUCAAAUAUACA